GCCGCCCCCAGCCCUCCUCUCUCCGGCAAACAGCCGGCUGCAUACACAGGGCAACAUGACUGCCUGGGAAGAGGCGGCUCUGGCGGAGGAGCUGUGCUGGCUCCAGGAGGAUUAUUAGCCCCGGAUCAAGGGGGCGUGCGGGGAAGGCAGCCGGCCCAACCCGCAGAGGCGGCGGAGGGGGGCAAGGAAGAGGCCCCCCCACAUCCAAAACAGAAAGCGAGCACUGAGCGCGCUGGAGGAGCCCGCCGAGCCGCAGUCCAGCCAGAUUGGUGUACUGGCUACCUAGAACCCCAAGUCCUGAUGGGGGAUUCAGGAUCAAGACGGUCAACUAUUGUGUCUCGAUUGCCAAUAUUCAGGAGGAGUAUUAACCGAAGACACGAUUCCCUUCCUUCCUCGCCUUCCUCUGUCAAUACAGUUGGUGUCCACAGUUCCUCUCCUUCUAGCACAAAUUCAAGCUCGGGGAGUACAGGCAAGCGUAGGAGCAUAUUCCGUACUCCUUCCAUUAGCUUCCAUCACAAGAAAGGGAGUGAACAGAAGUCUGAAUCUGCAAACCAGAAUAUAAGUAUUUCAAAUGGCGCCCAGUCUGCUCACAACAGUUUGCAGAAACUCAGCUUGGAGGAUCACGUUAAAAGCAGAGGGAGACAUUCAGUUGGUUUUGGCAGCUCGCUCAGCAAGAAAAUAACAAGGUCUUUGACAGAGGACUUUGAAAAGGAGAAGGAGCAGUCAGCUAAUAAGAAUGUCUUCAUAAAUUGCUUAAGUUCUGGUAAGAAUGAGAGUGAUGACUCUGGCUUUACAGAGGAGCGAAGCAGAUGCUCCACUAAACAGCCCACACGAAAACUUCUCCCUAAGUCUUUUUCAUCGCACUACAAGUUUUCAAAGCCAGUUCCCCAGAGCCAGUCAGUAUCCUGUGUGCAACAGUCUGGAUGCUUAUUAGAGAUUAAACCAUAUGUUGAAUGUGAGCCUGCCACAGUAAGGUCCUCUCCUUCAUGCUCUGCUGAGAUAACAGAAUGCACAGGAAGUUCUUUGCAAUCCCCACUACUUUCCGCUGAUCCCACCACAGUCCACACUCCUUCGGAGUUUUUAGCCUUGACAGAGGAUUCUGUUUCAGAAGUUGAUGCACCAACUAAUAAUGGAAACACAGGACUGCUCCCAGAGAACUUUGGCCACCAUGUUUCUACCUCUCGGAUGUUCCUCAACACAGCUACAGCUCACAUGAGGGAAAAUGAGCACAUAGAAAGUACUUCCCAGCUUGUUAUAGCUCCUGUGAGAUGCACAACCUUAUGCAAUACUGAAUCAAAUAUCUUACCCCAGACCUCUGCUGCUAAUCAAAUACAAGUAUUAUUACCAGCCACUGAACUACCUGUUAAGGAUGCUGGGCAUAUAGGAAAAAUUAACUCUGCAGAUGCACAGUUAGAAACCUUAAUGUUAAAUUGUGCAGAAAAAACAACUGAAACCUCCCCAAAAGCACAUGAAUUAAGUGGUGGCCACCACGACCUAACAGGACCUGAGCACAUUAAAGAAAUGGUUCCUGUAACGGCAUCUAAGAUUCUCCCGUCAUCUUCUGAAACUCAGUUCUUUAAAGAACAACAGGAAUAUGAGGUUAAUCACUCUAAAGUUGAUCUUUCCAGUAGCUUCAGUCCAUACCGAGAAGGCAGAUUCAUAGAAAAACGCCUGAGGUCCUCUUCAGAAGGAACUGCUGGAAGUAGCAGGUUGAUAGUGAAACCAAAGGAGGGAAACACAGAGGGACAUAAUAGUCUACGAAAGCAGAGAACAAGUUCCUCUUCUUCAAAAAUGAACAGCAUGGAUGUUUUGAAUAACCUGGGUUCCUGUGAGUUGGAUGAAGAUGACCUCAUGCUCGACUUGGAAUUCCUAGAAGAGCAGAAUCACCAUCAUUCUGUUUGUCGGGAAGAUUCAUGCCAGUCCAUAGUCUCCUGUGCUGCUGUAGUGCUUGCUCCUGUAGAAUCACCUGUGGAAGCAAAGAAAAAGGAACAUCCAAGAAUGCGUGAUGUGGCCAAACAGAAUCUGUCUUUGAAGUUGUCAAAGGACAUGGAACUAGGAGAAGCUAAGUGCCCUCUUAUUACCCAGGCAGCCAGCAAUCCAUCAGUGGAGUGGCCUUUUGCAGGUCUGGAAGAAGGUGGAGGCAUGGAAUCAUUGCCUUUUAGACUAAUGAUGCAGGACUGCACAGCUGUCAAGACAUUACUGCUGAAAAUGAAGAGGGUUCUUCAAGAGAGUGCAGAUAUGAGUCCUGCUAGUAGUACAACUUCACUUCCUGUUAGCCCACUUACUGAAGAGCCAUUGCCCUUCAAGGAUAUAAUGAAAGAUGAAUGCUCAGUGCUGAAGCUGCAGUUGAAGGAGAGGGAUGAACUCAUUUCCCAGCUACGCGAGGAGCUGGAAAAAGCCCAACAUUUACAGAAGGUUCUUAUUUCCCAAGCAGAUAAAUCCACACAGACUGAACUUGUAGGCCAUGAUGCUACUUAUCUAAACAGAAUUACGAUCCAAAAUCUCAACACAAGGGACAGAAAGUCAGCACAUACUCCCACCGAGGACCCUUUUAGAUAUUCAUCGGGCAACCAAGCAACUGCCUACGAGACCAAAAGCUGUCAGCUGUCAAAUCUGUGUCAGAGCAACCUCCUGAAAGAUAAAGAAAUAGUGGAAGUCGUCAAGCACACAAGAGGCACAUAUGAAACUCUCACUUCUAAUGUCACCCAUAAUCUUUUGGCCAACACUGCGCAAAAUACAGUAAAGCCAGCACCCAAGGCAGAAAACUUCCCUGUAUUUUCAGGGGCUCCAAAGGAUCAGACUGCUAUACCGCGGCAGCAUUCCACAUUCACAGGAAGACUUGGACAGCCUCCAAGGGGACCAAUUUCCUUACACAUGUACAGCAGGAAAAAUGUUUUCCUUCAUCAUAAUAUACAUACUGCAGAGCUGCAGACUUUAGGUCAACAAGAUGGAUAACAAGAUUCUCCUAUUCGUCUCAUGGAAGGAGUGCUCAUCUAGAGCCUUAAGUUCUCAUCUGCUGCUAGCUUUACAUUUAAAAUUUUUUUUUAUGGGGUUCAUAUUUUCCCUUGUUGUGCGGGGGGAGGGGAAGGGUGGACUAGCAUGUUAACUUAAAUAACUAGAUUGAAUUGUCUUGGAGAAGUCACUAUUUGUAUAAUAUAUGGGACCAUCUGGCUGGUGUCUCUAAUCCAAAUAGGGUCAAUAAUUUAUGACCUUUUUGCCUCCGUAAACCAGUGACAAACUGAAGUUCCAGAGGGUGAUCUCAAAUAGCACAGUCUACAUUUAAUGGUGUUGCUGUAAAAGUAGAUGUGGGGAUUGAGUAGAAAAAUAAUUAGUAAACACUCCUGAAUUUCAUAGAGACUAGGGAAAUAGAAGUCUUUGAGACCCUCUCUUGAUAGCUUUCUUUGUUUUACUUUAAACAAGACAUGUUCAUACAUUUUAAACUAGAGAUGUUGUGACGUCUUCCCCUACUGUGUGAAUUUUGUGAAUGCUUCAUUACACCAGUAGAGGAAGAUUGCUUUUGUUUUUUGUUGUUGUUGUUGUUGGGGUUUUUUUGGUUUUUCACCCUAAUGUUCAGGCCACACAGGUUCACCAAGGAUUUCAGAAUGAGUAAUAUGGAUCCAAACUGAGGGUGAUAGCUUCAAUCUUCCAAAAACAUUGUUUUCACUAUUAUUAUUGUAUUACAACACAUCACAUUGUGGUGAUAUUUGUUGUGCUUUCAUAGAUGAUACAUCACUCAUGGCACAAUAUGACAUUCUGUGCCUGUCUUAGAAUGAACUGCUGGGUUCAGAAGAUUCUCCGUGCUUGAACAAAGGACGUACUCAUGUUUGUUCUCAACCUUGAAAAGCUUUAUUUAAGGAUACUCGCAGAGGCAGGUGAUAGGACAGAGCAAAGAGGAUGGUCACUUCAUAUCAGCUCUAGGUGGCAGCCACCACCCCGCAUAGUUCCUCUGGCCCCAGAGUGUCCUGAUCCCGGGAAUACGAUACCUGCGCUGGGUCUCCACGCAAGUCAGAACUUUUGCCAGAGCUGAGGAACCCCUCGUAACUUAAAAAUGUACAGCUUAUAUAGUCUGGAGUAAAUAAUGUUAUCUCGAGCUAGGGAUUUGGUUAUCUCAAGCUAGGAAUCUGGGGAUGAGUCGUGAUCCAACACACCUGGUGUUUACCACAUUCCGCUGUAUUACAACAUUCUACUAUCUAGGUUCAUGGUUCGGUCACGCUCACAGAGCAGGAGGCUACAUGCCAUUUCGCCAGCCUACUAUUGAAUCAGCGUGCAAAACUCUUGCUAUUAGCAUUAGCAAAGCUUUUACUAUUACAGUGCCAUUUGAUGCAACUUGUAAUGGCAUCCUGUGCCAUCUGAUGCAUCAUGUAAUGUCAUGCCACACCCCACUGUAUGAAGCUGUAAAUGGAUGAAAAGCUAAAACAAAUUGCGUUCUUUUAUCAUUCAAGCCACAUUUCUUUUGUAAAUUAGCAUUUCUCCAAGACUAUAGCUAUACUUGAUCUGGAGUAGAUUAACACAGCAUGCUUGAUAGUCUAUUGUCAUGGUACAUACCUGAUGAGACCCAUCUAUUAGUUGAUAUACAGCAUGCUCGUCUCACAGGAACUUGGUAUCAUCUGACCAAACUUUAGAAGUCAGUGAAAUAAGACCCUAUUGGAUCUCUCCACAGGACUAGGAAUUGGGUAGCUCAACCAAGUUAUAGUAAACAUGUGGCAUAUACUAGGCUUGACUCUUAACUUAAAACCUCUGUAAUGGCAGGCAAUCUUUUUGACUAAUAAUUGGCAUAUAAUCAGAAGUUCACAAAUAACUGGAAUCUUCUGCACUUCAGUGAAUAUGAAGCAGACAUAGGCAAGGUCACUUCUCUGCGUGUGACAAAUAAGGAAAGUGCACAUCAGAUUCUCACACAAAGGUUUGAGCAGCUAACACAACUUAUUUGCAGUACCACCCAACAUAUUUUGAAACUCCCAUACUUGUUACACAGUGACCUAAUUUUUAAAGGUAGUUCACAAAAUGCAUGCAAAAAAUAUUUAGUAGUGUAUACAUUUUCCAAGCAGAACAAAUGGCCUUUGCCUAGCAGUCUAACUUUCAGCUUGACUACUUGGGUUAGGAAAACAUAUAUAUUAAAAGCCUCGGAAAUAGUGCUGCAAAGCCAUGUUAGUAAACUUGAUCUGCUAGGCUUCUGUUUACAGAAGACUUUAAUUUGGUUAGGGUUAGUUUAGGACAUCAUCUGCUGCUGAAGACACUAAGUUUUAUCUGAAUAUGAUAUAGUGGUAAUUUGGGGUUUUCGAGCCAAACAUAUCAGAAUCAAGACAAACAUUUGCCAAACCCCUUCACUUCUUAUCUAGUUUGGCGGGGGGGGGGGGGAAGAGAGGGUUAUUACUGCCAAAAUAGAACAACGCAAAACUGCAAAUACAGCUUCUCUGAAUUAACUAUAGGUGUUCCUAAUGCUUCAAAACUCCUAGUUUAGUUUAUAGUCUACAAACUUAAAAAAAAAAAAUAGUAACAUAAUAUCACUGUUCAAAUUCAUGUUUUCCUCUGAACAGUUUUUUAUAGUUAUGGUAAACUGAAAAGGACAGCUGAUGAUUAUUAAUCACAUAUUUUACCCUGGCUUAUCUCAAGAGUUCAUGUGUGCAACUAUAUUUCAGACCUGUAAAUAAAUUAGCAUAAUAUUGUAAUCAAGGGCUUUUUUUCCAGGAUACAAAUGUACUAUAAUACAUAGAACUCUUACAUUUUACUUAUGUACUAUAUCUAUAGUUGAUUUUUUCCUGGAAAAAAUGGAAUUUUGGAUGACACUUUAUAAAAAAAAAAAAAAAAUCUGUCUACAAAAAUGUUUACAAUGCUACUAUUUUCUUGGAAAAUCUUUUUUUAAAGUGGGAAAAAACCCAAACAAAAACAAACAAACAAAAAAAAACGUGAAGAAAACAGAUCAAUUAAAGUGAGGGAUAUUUUUUAAAAAAAUGUAAUCUUAAAGCUGUUUUGUAUCAGUGUUUUCAGCAUUGUUAUAAUAUUAUUUGUAAUACUAUGUGUAAAUCUGGCCCAGAGAAGGACAACAGCCACAUGUUAAUGUACAGUACAGCAGUAACUGUAAAACAGGGUUCCUUUGUGUGAGCCUCUUGUGUAUAUAGUAACUCAUAAAGCAACAGCAUGUGGACAUUCUUUCAGUGAAUUGAUUCCUUUGUACUAAAAUCUCUAGUUUUCUAAGACUGUUCCAUGUAAAAAUGAUUUAUACAUUUCUCCAAGGCUGUACAUAUCCAAAGACAUGACACCGGGGGGGAAAGGACUUAUUAUUUUUACCACAGAUGUAUCUUCUUUUUUUUUUUUCUUUUCUGUAUAUAUCUGUACAACAAAACGUAACUCUUGUAAAGUUUCUACUGUGAAUUGUUUCUUGUGAGUUCCAGAUUUGUUGAUGUUUUAAAGGACAUUUUAAGGAGAAGGAAAUCCCCAAAGAAAAGCUGUUUCCAUUUGAAUCAAUGUCCCAUUUAAAAAAAAAUCAUUUGGCACAGGAAGCAUUGUUUCCAUGCCCUAAAUAUUUUUAUAAUUUAAUGAAGCCACAUUGGAAAAAAAACCCUAUUUAAUCUCUGUAAUCAUUGUUAUUCACCUAAUUAGAUUGUGUGCUUCCACAAGUGUUUCAAGAGGUUAUAUUAUACUAUAUAAUGACACAAGGACCCCACGCACGUAGGGAGUGAAGUCUGCCCCUGUGUGGGAGUGCCAGCACAAUGUCUAUAUGCUAUUUUGUCCAGUUAUAGCUUCCAGAAUGAUGGUGGCCCUCACAGUACAUGGGUGAAUUUCAACCAGAGAACAUGAAGAAAUGAACAUGAGAACAGCACACUAAAGCAAUCCAAGGGCUAGAUUUCCAUGAGCAAUUAUUUUCAUUCAGGCCACACAGUACAAUGAAACUGUUUGAAAGACACUACUAGAACCAGCAAGUCUACCUUUUCCUUUAUUUAUGUUGAGUUUAUAUUAAGGCGUGGCUGUGAGGGUAUGGCUGCCUAUAUGCUACAUGCAGUCAUCCCACCAAUGCAGCCAUGCACACUGGAGCCAUGCACAUGGAACCAAUUGAUUUAUUGAACUUCUUUCCCAGAUCCCAUCCAGAUUCAAGUUAACUCACAGUCCCCCAACAUGUCAGGAUGCUUUGUACCUCCCCAACAGCUUGCCUCACAGGGUAUGUGGGCUAACCUUGGCCCAAGCUAUCUGUUUCAGCUUAGUAGGGAAGUGUGUUCUAGCUCCCCCCAGCUUCUGGACUGAGCCACUGCAGGCUGUGACUGCAUUUCCAGAAUCAAAAGUGAAUGCAAAGCGUUUGGAAUUACUAUGAAUUCUGAGCACUCCAUUGCUGAAACAAGACAAUGUCACCAGCUUUGCUGUAUCUAGGGUGAUCCACAUUUGUGUAGGAAGACAAAGUUUUCCUCUCUGUUAAGUUUAAUUUAAUUCCUUGACUUGUUAUCCUGUCACAUCAGUAUUAGGAUCACGUAAAGGGCUUUCCUAACCUACCUUUUUCCCUGGAAAACUAAAAAAGAGAAUGCUUGAGAUUUCCAAGUUUAUUUCCAGACCAGAGAGGUUCAAAUGAAAUUUGGAUAAGCUUUGUGUAAGUUGUGAAUGUUUGGAUCCUUACCCAAAACAUUCAUGUUCCUCUGUAUGUUAUGCUGGUGGUCAUGUCAUUGGCAUAUAAAAAAAGAAGGAUGCCUAAGCAAUAAAUUUUUCUUUCUCUUUUUCCUUCCCUGGAAAUAUUGACUCCUGGCUACUAUAAUUUCAUAUGAUAUAAAUUUAUAUAGUGUAAUCUGUAACUUUUUGGAUAUGGGCUUCAGUUUAAUUUAAACAUUCUCUUAUAUGACAUAUUUGUUGUGCCAUAACCUCAGCUGGUUAAAGUGGUGUAGUAUUGUUGGCUUUGGUGGCAGUAUGUUGAUUUAUACCAGCUGAGGAUCAAAACUGUGGUCUUUAAUUUAUAUAAGGGCUGUCCAGAUGCCAUAAUCCUUCUUGGGAUGGUCAGGAUAUUCAGGACACUCAUGUUCAGAAGCACAGAAAGAAUUUUAAUCUGUCCUAGAUAAAUGCAAGUCUGUAGUUUUUAUGAACCACGUGUCAAGACCCCAGAAUAAAAUAUCUAGGAAACCUGUUUAGUCCUUAAAUAAAAACAAUUGAUUUUCCAGUAAA